AUGUGCGAGCAGGCGGCGCGGUACUGCCGGGCGGGCGUGCAGAGGCUGCUGCGCAAGCCGCCGCCGGCGCUCCGCGGCUUGGACGGGCUGCUGCGCUGGGUCGUGACCAGGAUGGGCGACAAGGGCCUCGCCGAGCGGGAGCUGCUCACCCCCGGCGCCGCCGCGCAGAGGAAGGGCAUCUCCGUCAUCCUCGAUAUUUUCAGAAGAGCUGACAAAAAUGAUGAUGGGAAGCUGUCCCUUGAGGAAUUCCAGGCCUUCUUUUCUGAUGGGACGCUCAACGAAGAAGAACUUGAGAAGCUCUUUCAUACCAUUGACUCUGACAACACCAACAACGUGGACACCAAGGAGCUGUGUGACUAUUUUGCUGACCAUAUGGGUGACUAUGAAGAUGUCCUGGCCUCACUGGAGACACUGAACCUCUCCAUCCUGAAAGCCAUGGACUACACCAAACGGGUGUAUGAGAGUGGCAGCAACGUGGAGCAGUUUGUGACACGGUUCCUGCUGAAGGAGACGGCGAACCAGACACAGUCGCUGCUGAGCUCCGUGGAGAGCGCUGUGGAGGCCAUCGACGAGCAAACCAACCCAGCCAGGCAUUACCCCAGCAAGGCUGCCCAUGGCCUGAGGGACACUUGGUACGACAGCCCUCUGCCCAGCUACUCCCCCAGCAGCUGGAUGGUCCCCAGGGAGCAGGGGAAGAGCUUCCAGACUGGUUCCCCUGACACGAAGGUGGAGGGGCUGGAGGGGCAGAUCAACAGGCUGGCUGAGCUGAUCGGCAGGCUGGAGGACAAGACCCUGUGGUUCGACCUGCACCAGCGGCUGUCGGACAGCGAGAGCGCAGCCUGCGCGUACCUGCUCCUGGUGCGGGACGAGAUGACAGUGUCGCACAAGCACGUGGGCGAGUUCUGCAGCUCCCUGAAGCAGUACCUGAAGAGCGUGGCCGGCGAGAGGGACUGCUUCCAUGUCACCGCGGUGAAGCUGCCUGACGGGGUCACCUUCAUCGUCUAUGAGUUCUGGGAAACUGAAGAGGACUGGAAAAGGCACCUGCAGAGUCCCACCUGCAAGAGCUUCCAGCACGUCAAGGUGGACACGCUGAGCCAGCCCGAGGCCAUCUCCAGCGUGGCCGUGCCAGCUGCCUGGUGCACCCUGAGCCGAGAGUGA